CCUGAAGAAGGCCGCCCGCCUCGGGGCGGGGCAGAGGAGGCUGGAAGGACCCAGAAGCAACUCUAUCAAGUGCCCAGCGGAUUGUCUGCUGGGGACUUAAAACAUGGCGUUGUGUAUGGUGUGGUGCACCGGUCAGAUGACAAUCAUAACAAGGAAAUGGUGGUUUAUGGAUGGUCAGCUCACCAACUGAAAGAAGAAAUGAGAUAUAUAAGAGAUGUGAGACUAACAUUGGAAAAAGUAAGAAUGAAAAUGUAUGGAGAAUAUGAUGAAAUGAAACGUAAAAUCCAAGAGCUUACGAGUGAGCUGGCGGUGUCGCAGGCUGAGCAGGCAUCCCUGGAAGAUCACAUCCAGGUGCACGCCACAGCCCUGGAUAGUUUUCGUGAGAUGAGCAGCUCACUGACCUCGGCCUCCGUUCAGCUGCAGAAAACCUUGGUUGAUGUUACUUUGGAGAAUACGGUUAUACGUGACCAGAUACAGAAUCUAAAGCAAACUCAUGAACAAUCUAUGGAAAAACUGAAGGAGAAGCAGAAGCAACUCGAAGCUGCCAGAAUGGAAAAUGAACUGCUGAGACUCAAGGUGGAAUGUUCACAAGAAGCAAAUGCCGAAGUAAUGCGAGAGAUGACCAGGAAAUUAUACAGUCAGUAUGAAGAAAAGCUCCAAGAAGAAGAACAGAAACAUAAACUUGAGAAAGAAACUCUCCUUUCUGAAACAAAUCGGUUACUUAUGGCCAUUGAAGAAGCAAAUAAAAAGAUGAGACUUACAGAGACAAGUUUGCAGGAAAAAGACCAACGAAUUGGAGAGCUGGAUAGGCUCAUUCAGCGCAUGGAAGAUGAACGCCAUCAGUUGCAAAAACAAUUAAUAGAGUAUGAAAUGCAGCUACAUGGAGCAGAUGUUUACAAUCAGUCCAGCCAACCGAGGUCCCUCAAGCUGGAGGAAAUUACAGACAGUCUCCGAGAACGAAUCCGGCACCUGGACGAUAUGGUUCUGUGUCAGCAGAAAAAAGUCAAGCACAUGGUUGAGGAGAUAGAGCUACAAAAGAGAAAGAUGAAACAAAAGGAAAUCUUUAUAUUACAACUUUUAGAGAAAAUAUCUUUUCUCGAGGGAGAGAACAAAGAACUGCAGGACCGUUUGGACUACUUGAGGGAGACCAGGUCCAGGCCUGAGGUGGACACCAGAGACGUUGGGGUCGGAUGUGACCUCCCCCCAAGCCCCGAGAACGGAAGCAGAGCGCCUCCCGAAGUGUUGAAGCCAGCCAGAACCUACAGCCCGUUCAUGCGGGUCCUGGAGUAUUCGUCAAAGCACAGCCUUUUGAGCCCAGCGCCCCCCGCGAGGGAGGUGGCGCCCGGCCCCUGCCUAGCUCAGUUGGCAGAUGGGGCAAGCAGAGAGGGCUGCUCCUGAGCCCCUCAAGCACUUGGGGCAUCGGGUCCCCUGGGAGGGGAGCAAAUGCCCCGUUGCUUCUUCAAGGGAAAGCAGCGCUUCACUUGGAAGGUGCCACGCCAGAGGCUUCCAUCCGGGAAUCCUGGCCGCGAAAGGAAACGAACCCACUGAACUUCAUCCAGGACAGCAGAGCUUUGUGCUCCCCUUGGCAAAGUAGCUGUUGCAGAGUUCCUCCGCUUCUGGUGGCAGCGUUGCAGCCCAAAAUAUACUGCCUUGUGCCAGGGACAUGUGCUCAUGGCUCUGUCAUGCUGGCCUGGACCUGUGAUGCUCCUCGGGCACAGUGCAGGAAGAGAGGGAGGGCGCAGCUGCCAAGCAAGAACGCCCAUGUCCUCCUCCGUGUGUAUGUGGGGGUGGGGGGGUAAAAGUUUGGCCGGCCCAGCUUUCUGAGCUAAGCGCACGUGGUGCCCCAAGUCGGAAAUCUCAGAGCGGCUGUGCCUGUUCGGGCAGAGGAACCUUCCACAUCUGCCUUUCUGCCGGAUCCAGGAAACACCCCAUUGGGUCUUACAUGCAAAUAUGUGCAAGAUCUUACAUUUCUGUUGUAAAUCCAAUCCAGAUUUUUAAACAACGAACGGCAUUGUUUAUA